AUGCCGCUUAAUCGGGAUGGCCACCAAACUCUCAGCAACCGUGCGGCCUUGCUUAGUAAUCAGACUUCUGCCCAUUCGCUGUACACGGUCUUCCUGGAACAAUCUCUCUUUCAAAGAGCAGGAUCCAAGGCUAAAGAGCCAUGGGCAGAAGAAAAUGAAAAUAAAUAUACCACGGGUGACUGGUUAGAAGGAGAUAACAAUGACUUGGACCAAAAUAUUCAGAAGCUACAAUCAGAAAUUGCUCACCUGACAGAGACCAUCAGCCACCAGAACCUUGGUCUUUCCAUCAUCCUGAAAACCAAGGAAUGGCACCUGAAACAGAUUAUUCAGAAAUAUGAAGAGCUGGACUCUGAAAAUCCAUGCAUAAGAAAAUUCCCAAACCCUCCUCCACCUCAGCCUCUCACCCUUUGUAUGGAGAGUCCGCCAGAAAAUGAUUUCCGACACUGCAAUAUUUUAAGAGCCAUAGAACAAAUUGUGCCAAAAGCCUUUGAGAGGAAACAAGUGAACAAGAUCCAGUUUAAGAACAUGAACGUCAUCUGUGGAACAGCGGGGCACAAAAACAGGUGGCUGAUUACUGUUUCGAAUUUACAGAUCCGUAACCUAUUACUGAAUUCCGGCAUUUUGAUUGAUGGUGAACAUUUUGCUCUACACCGCCAUGAUGAUAUUAUUGUCGAGGAUGACAAGGUGCACUUGAGAAGAGCCUUGACCAAAAAAGUGAUUCUAGACACACUCAUCAAUUCCACUGAUUUAAGCAGCAUUCCAUAA